GCUGGACGAAGUUAGCCGGUGAAAUUGACAUUCUUCCCGAGUUGAAGCGCAGCAUUUCCUUAACACAGAGUUAGCUCAAACUAAAAAACUUGAUAUUUUUUUCUUUACUCUGGUUCUUGGUCGCUCCAUGUAGCAUAAAUGCCGAAACUUUUGCUCGGACCUACGGGUUUCGUUGCUGGCUGCGUUUGCGUUCAUUGCUAAGGCGAUGGACAGGAAGCAGAUCCAGGUGAGCGACGAAGAGCCCAAAGUUGUGCGAGAAGACAACCGGAGGAGGAGAAGAAAGAAGGCCAUCACCUCGUCAUCCAACGCCUCCAUGGAUCAAGUCACUGUGGAGUUCGUCCUGCCCACGGCGGCGAGGGGUGGAAACGGCCCCGACACUCUGCUGCUGGAGGUGGCUGGAAACUGGACGGUGGAACAGGUGAAAGCUCAGGUGUGGCUGAAGGCGGUGACUUUAAACCUCUGUCCUGACUUCUACCAGAGGUUUUCUCCCGACCACUGCAUCCUGCUCUACCAGAAGAAAGGCAACGUGUGUGAGAUCUACGAUAAGCACCAGGUGUUCCAGACGCUGGACUGCAUCCGUUACUGGAGAGCCCUGAAGAAAGAUGUGGGGCGGAUCCAGCUGCUUCCCCGUCCUCAGCCGUCGGACGAGUCCACGCAGUACCAGCGCGACCUUAACUACCUGAUGGGCUAUGAUGUGACUGAUGUCAGCAACGUGCAUGACGACGAGCUGGAGUUCACCCGCAGGAAGCUGCUGACGCCUCGACGCAUCGAGUUGUCCGACCGCGACCCGAAGCUCUACUCCAUGGAUCCCUGGGUGACCUGCAAGUCACUUCCAGAGCACCUGCUCAGCAAGGUCAGUAACGGUCACAUUCUGGUGGUGAUCCACAUCGGCACGGUGAGCCAGACCAUCAAGGUCUCCAUCGAUGACACGCCAGCGCAGGUAUUGGUGAGUUUUUUCGCCAAGACAGCAAAUAAGAGAGUUUUGCUGGGCAUUCCUGAUAACACGUGUGAGACAGACUUUGUGCUACGUGUGUGUGGAAGGGAGGAGUACCUCUACGGAGAUAAACCGCUGCAGAACUUCAACUGGAUUCGGCAGUGUUUGAAGAGCGGGGAGGAAAUCCACCUGGUUCUGGAGAUGCCCCCUGACCCUAACCUGGACAUGGUCCAGAAGGAGGACUGGGCUCAAGUGGAUGACUGCACUGGAGUGGCAGGGACCCACGAGCAGUUAACCAUCGAUGAGAAGGACCAUGAACGAGUGUUCACCAUCUCUAUGUGGGACUGUAACAGGAAGUUCAGGGUAAAGGUGCUGGGUAUUGACAUUCCUUCCCUCCCCAAAGUCCCAGAAUUUAUUGUCUUCAUAGAGGCCAGCAUCUUCCAUGGACAACAGCUUUUAGCCCAGGAGAGGACAUCCUCUAAAACCUUCAAUGAAGAAGUGCUCUGGAACUGCUGGCUGGAGUUUAACAUUAAGAUCAAGGACCUGCCCAAAGGAGCACGCCUGAGCCUCCAGGUGGUUUGUGGGAAGCAGCCCCAGACGCCAAACUCCAAGGGAGGCUCAACCUACCAGGAUAAUACAGCAGGAACAGGCAGCCAUGAUGGAAAGACCAAGAGUCGUCUCCUAUACUACGUCAACCUGCUGCUGAUCGACCACCGCUCUCUGCUCCGCCAGGGUGAGUUCAUCCUCCACAUGUGGAAGAUGCCAGAGAAGGGUGAGGAGAGCAGCAGCAGCAUCAACGCAGACAAGCUCACCUCUGCCACCAACCCAGACAAGGCUUCCUCCAUGGCCAUCGCCAUUUUACUGGACAAGUACUGCUACCCCGUCGUGCUGCCCAAGAGUCGUGACGUGGGCCGGGAUGUCAGCUCUGGGAGCGAGGAAGCCGAGGGUGGGGAGAGAGGCCAGAGAGAGAUGCCGAACCACUUGAAGAAACAGUUUGCGGCGAUCGUGGGUACCGACCCUCUGCAUCCACUUAGUCCUGAGGACAAAGAGCUACUUUGGCACUUCAGACAUGAGUGUAUGCGUGAUCCCAGGGCCUAUCCAAAGCUUCUGGGUUCGGUCAGGUGGGGGAAACAGGAGGAUGUUUUGGAGAUACAUCGCCUGUUGGAGCGCAGCAAUGCGUGGGACAGCAGUGGUCUGGAUGUCGGCCUGGCCAUGCAGCUGCUGGACUGUCACUACUCAGAUGCUCAGGUUCGCUCAAUGGCUGUCAGGAAGCUGGAGACUCUGGAAAAUGAUGAUGUGCUCAUAUAUCUUCUCCAGCUUGUGCAGGCGGUCAAGUUUGAGCCUUACCAUGACAGCGCCCUGGUCAGGUUCCUGCUGAAGAGAGCUCUGAGGAGUAAGCGUAUCGGUCAUUUUCUCUUCUGGUUCCUGCGUAGUGAGAUCGCCCAGUCCAUGCAUUACCAACAGAGGUAUGCUGUCCUGCUGGAGUCCUACCUGAGAGGCUGUGGCGAAGACAUGCUGCAGGACUUCAGGAAACAGGUGGAGGUGACUGAGGCUCUGCAGAAAGUCACCCGUGAGAUCAAGGCCAUGUCCGCUGACAAGUACGACGUCACAGCACAAGUGGUGUUUCAGCUGCGUCAAAAGCUGGAGACUCUGCAGUCGUCCGGUUUGCCGACGAAUUUCAGAGUCCCGUAUGAUCCUGGACUCCGAGCAGGAGCCCUGCUGAUCGAGCUUUGCAAAGUGAUGGCAUCUAAGAAGAAGCCGCUGUGGCUGCAGUUUAAAAGGGCCGACCCAACCACUCUGUCCAAAGACCCCAUCGGCAUCAUCUUCAAAGACGGCGAUGACCUCAGACAGGAUAUGCUCAUCUUGCAGAUUCUGCUGAUCAUGGAGUCGAUCUGGGAGACUGAAUCACUGGAUCUCUGUCUGCUGCCAUAUGGCUGCAUCUCCACUGGAAACAGAAUAGGUAUGAUUGAAACCGUGAAGGACGCCACCACCAUUGCUAACAUCCAGCAGAGUGUUGUUGGAAGCACCGGCGCUUUUAAAGAUGAAAUCCUUUAUCAGUGGCUCCGGGACAGGUGUGUCAGCGAGGACAAGUUCCAGCAGGCGGUGGAGAGGUUUCUGUAUUCCUGCGGUGGUUACUGCGUGGCGACCUACGUCCUGGGUAUUGGGGAUCGCCACAACGACAACAUCAUGAUCACUGAAUCUGGAAACCUCUUCCACAUCGACUUUGGCCACAUCCUGGGGAAUUAUAAGAGUUUUAUGGGAAUCAGUAAGGAGUGGGUUCCCUUCGUGCUCACGCCAGACUUCCUGUAUGUCAUGGGAACAUCAGGAAAGAAAAGUAGCCCCCACUUCCAGAAAUUCCAGGAUGUGUGUGUGAAGGCUUACCUCGCCCUUCGGCACCACACCAACCUACUCAUCAUCCUCUUCUCCAUGAUGCUGAUGACCGGCAUGCCCCAGCUGACGAGUAAGGAGGAUAUCGAGUACAUCCGUGAGGCGCUGACAGUUGGCCGCAGUGAGGAUGAGGCACAGCGCCACCUGCUGGACCAGAUAGAGAUCUGCAGGGAAAAAGGCUGGAUGGUUCAGAUUAACUGGUUUGUUCAUCUGGUGCUGGGUAUCAAGCAGGGUGUGGAGAAACGGUCCACUUAAGACUCGGUGUAGUUAGCAAAGACUGAGAUUUAAAUUUUUUCUCUUAACAGUUUUAAUUAAGGCGUUAAUGUUUUUUUUUUUAUCUGUUGUAAAUAAGCACACAGGGAUGAAAAUAAAGACCUAGUAUACCUCCAAACACAGAAACCAAGGUGUUUCAGUGGUAAAUAAAAUUUAAUUGAUUCUGCUCUAUUGUGAGGAGACUAAAACUGGAAAUCAAACUGUUACAGCUUAGACUCAAGUCAAGAAGCCACACCAAACUUAAAAUACAAAACAGGUGGUUUUUCAGGGUUAACUCAAACUCUGAUUUCCACACAUUUUAAAGUAUUUCUCAAAUGCAAAUAAGGAACCAAACUUAGAGUGGAAACCCGGUUUCCGUGAGUAAGGAAAUGAAUCUCUGCAAACUCUGGUUUGUCCUUUUACAAAGUCUUAACUACUUCCCGUUUCAAGCCGUCUCAUUCAAGUCAUUUCCUGCUGAGGAAACACAUUUCUCUCACAUUUCCGUCACAUUGUUUCCAUUUUGAAACAUGGUACAUGUUACACUGGUUAUCAAAUUCUCAGUGAAGAAAUGUUGCACUGUCCCUCCACUCCAGAAGGAUCUGGUAGACUGAAGAUUAAAGGGUCAGCCUGUGAAAUAGCAAAUAGCAAAAUGCUAAAUGUUUCAUAUUGUUCUUUACAGAAUAACUUCGAAGGAAUUAUUAAAUAAGUUGGAGGUUAAAUACGGAAAAAAAUGAAUAUUAAUAUUAAUAUUAAUCAAAGUGUUCAGGUUGAGAGUUUUUAUUUUGAUUGUUAUUUAUAUUAACAAUCUUUUUCUUAUUUGCACUGAUUGUUCUCAGAUGUCUUGAAUAACUUACUGCAAAUUAAAUUUAAAUUCCAAAAGUGUGUAUUUAAAGUGAGAUUUAAUUAAGCUACCGUAAUUUAUAAUCACAUGCUCCACGACCGUGGCAUUGUGUUUCUACGGUGGCCUUCUGGUGACAUUUAGCACAUGCUGGUCAGUGCUGUAGUCACCUCUUAUAGGAUGGUGGAACGUGUACAUUUUUUAUACCACCAAAGACAGCAAGAAGUAAAUGAAUUCUGUACACAGUAACUGGAUUUUAAAAUCUCUAUGUGAUCUUAUUAUCCUCUUAAACUAUGGAUCAUAUUUUCAAACAAGCAUACAAGACUUCUUUGACUGAAAGCAACAAGUUCGUAAUUGACACAUCUCUCUUAGCCAAGUUUCUGUUGACGUGAAUCCUGACAAAUGUAUGAGCCUGAGACAAGAGACAAAGUAAAACCAAAAUAACAGUCUUUUCUUCAAGUUUGGAAUGGACAGUCACGGAUUGUGGAUUAUUUGUUACAUUUCAUGAGCAAAACCUACGUCCCAGUUGGAUAUAAAGCUAUAGUAAGCAUCAGCAGUUUGAAAAUCAAUAUUUUUUGAGUUCAUAAAAACAUGUCAGAAAGAUCCAAACCUUUGUUUUCUUUCAAAAUGAAUAUUUUGUAAAAUGUGACUGCAAACGCUUUCAGUCACUGAUUCUGAAAAUUAAAUAACCAAAACAUGUUUUCUAUGUAUUCAUAUCAGACAAAUUAAAAUUCUGUCCUAUAAAUA